AUGCCGUUGUCGAAAGAAGAAGCCAUCGCCAAACUGAUCUUCAAUUUCUCGGCGAAUUCUCGCAAGGCUGGGAAGCAGAAGAAAACCAAGGGAUUCCUCAUAGCCAGAAGAAAUUUGCUCGUAGAUUACUGGCAAAAAUAUAGUGCACUUCGCGAUGACAUUUCUUCAAUGGACGCUUCAGCUGAUGAGGCCGCGGUUAAAAAGGCACUCUCAGAGGAGCGAUAUACGGCAAUCGAAUCGGCAUACUGCGACGCGUUGGGUGAACUGCAUGACGAGAUUGAAGAAAUGUCGCACAACGUAAACGACAGCCAACGGCUUACCGGCAACGCAAUGCCGGCUUUGAAUUCUACGCUACCUGGUCAAAUUAGCGCGCCUAAGUCUAUUCUACCUAAGAUUGAGUUGCCCAAAUUUGACGGGUCAUUCCAAAAGUGGCUUUGUUUUAAAGAUCUGUUCUUCACGUGUAUUGUGCAGGAUUCGUCACUAUCCAAUGUUCAACGGAUGCAUUAUCUCAAAGGUAGCUUGCAAGGUGAAGCUGAAGCUAUGCUUCGAAAUUUAAAUGUAAUGGAAGAUAAUUUCCAAAUUGCUUGGGAUAUGUUGCAAAAGCGAUAUGACAACAAACGCCGCAUGGUAAAAUCGUAUCUUUGCAACAUACUCAAGCUAACCCCAGUACAAACAGAGUCCGAUGUGAAUCUACGCAAACUACUUGAUAAUGUUACCGAGUCUGUACGUGCUUUAAAGCAACUUGGUCGUCCAACGAAUCACUGGGACGACUGGCUCGUCUUCCUGGUGACGGAAAAGUUAGAUCCAGUAACAGUUAAGGACUGGGAGAUGUCCCUUGCUUCUUCAGACGUAUUGCCUGAGUAUGAUGCUCUGACAUCCUUCCUCGAGAAGCGCAUUCAGGGCCUAGAAGCAAUGGUUGCUGUCACAAAAGUAAAACCCAAGGAGUCAGCUCCAAAGCCGCCUCAGCACGCGGCUAUUCGUAGUCAUCAAACAAGCCUUGGUCGAUGCCCAUGCUGUGCUGGGAAGCACGCGUUGAUGUACUGUUCAGAGUUUCGCAGAAAAACGCCAAGUGCAAAACUUGAUGUGGUUACAAACUUUAAGCUUUGCCGAAACUGUCUUAAGGCACGCCACACAGCAAGUGAUUGUGCCUCGACAUACGCAUGCCAAAAGUGUAUGCAGAAACACCAUACAAUUCUUCACGACAGUUUAUCAUCUUUGUCCAGCACUACUAGUCCACGCCUUACAUGCACCAACAGCAUGGCUCAGCAAAAACCCAUCGACGCAACAACAGCAACACUUGCGCCAGCUCUAUUAGCAACAGCACGAAUUGGUGUGCGGUCCUCUUCCGGGCAUUUUAUGAAACUUCGAGCCCUUUUGGACAAUGGUUCGCAAACAUCUUUUAUAAGCGAGUUUGCCGUUCAGCGUUUGCAUCUACGCAAGAACCGCCUUUCGGUUACAAUCUCUGGAGUAGGCGGGAGUACUGUGGGUGAAUCGAAGAGUUUGGUUAAGUUCACAGUGUGUUCCCUCAUCGAACCUAAUUUCAGCAUGGAGUGCUCUGCUCUCGUGCUUUCUCGUGUAGGACAGAAUAUGCCGUCGAAUAGAAUUGACCCAACUCCGUACAGUGACUUUCUUGGUCUCAGCUUAGCAGACCCGAAGUUUUACGAGCCAGGGUCAAUCGACAUCAUCAUCGGAGCAGAUAUCUAUGGCGCUCUACUGUGCAACGAACUCAAGCGUUCCAAGUGCGGGGACUCCACUGCCCAAAAUACUCAUCUAGGGUGGGUCGUCUACGGUCGCUUACCCGUAGGAGUAAGUCGGCAGCUAUCAGCAAGACUAUGUGCCACAGCCACUGCGGAACUAAAUACGUUGGUACAGCAGAUGUGGAAAUUUAAUCAAAUGGAUGACAUAUCUUCUCCAUCCAAGAUGACAGAGGAUGAGAUUUAUUGUGAGGAGUUUUUUAAACGAACGGUACGCAGGGACCACGUCGGUCGGUAUCACAUUCGGUACCCAUUUAAAGAGGACUCCGACUUGUCCGCACUAUCUGACUCCAAAUGCGACGCAAUCAAAUUAUAUGCUUGCCAGCAACAUCGUCUUCAACGCGAUGCAAAGAUGAACGAGUUAUACAAUGAGUUCAUGGACGAAUAUAUCGCUCUUGGCCACAUGGAGCAGAUAUGCGAAGAUAAGGAGCCACGGUAUGCUUGUUACAUUCCCCACCAUGGUGUAUACAAAGAAGGAAGCUCGACUACGAGGUUAAGAACUGUAUUCAAUGGGUCUAGAAAAUACAAAAGUGGUUUAUCUUUGAAUGAUUGCCUUCAUGUUGGACCCAAGCUGCAAAAUGACUUAAGUACAAUCAUAUUAAAGUGGAGAAUGCAUCGGGUUGGAUUCAUGGCGGAUAUAGAGAAGUGCUUUCGACAAAUACGAGUCGAUCGGCGGGAUGCCGAUAUGCAACGCAUUAUAUGGAGAGGCGGAGAUGAACAGCCGACCGCUUAUCGACUCCUCACAGUGACCUAUGGGUUAACAUGCUCUCCGUAUAUAACAAUUAAAGUUCUGAACACCCUAGCCGAAGACGAGGAAACAGAUUUUCCAACAGCGUCCAAAAUUCUUAAGGAAUCUUUUUAUGUGGAUGAUUGCCUCCAUGGCGGUGACACAGUCGAAGAAGCUAUCGACAAUCAAUCUAAAUUACGACAGUUACUGCAUCGUGGGUGCUUCAACCUUCGCAAAUGGAGCUCGAAUUCCAACGAGUUUAUGCAACAUCUCUCCUCCGACGACAUACAACCAGAUACCUGCUGUAACUUAAAUUUGGAUCGGGAGACUAAGGCGCUUGGAAUCUAUUGGCUCUGUGACACUGAUAGCCUGACAUACAAAGUCAAUAUUACACCUGUGUCUGGAUUCAUUACCAAACGCCAACAACUUUCCGAUGUGGCAAAAAUAUACGAUCCCCUAGGUUUUUUAGCACCAAUUGUCAUAACCGGCAAGUUGCUUUGUCAGCAGCUUUGGAUUUCAGGCUGCAAUUGGGAUGAUCCGCUUCCAAACCCGAUGCAGGAUGAAUGGCGACGAUUUCGGGAAGAGCUUCAUAAAGUUCAAAAUCUGCGGGUUCCCAGGUGGAUAGGCGUUACACCGGCAGUUGACAACUUUCAACUGCAUGUUUUCUCUGACGCAUCAACUUUAGCGUAUGCCGCUGUUGCAUAUCUUCGCGUGGAAACAACAGACAGUGUAUGUAGGGUGACCAUUCUCACAGCUAAAACCAAGGUUGUUCCAAUAAAAAAAAUUACGGUGCCCUGCUUGGAGUUGAAUGGGGCUCUUUUGGCAUCGAAGCUUGCGGCCAAACUCAUUGAAACUAUGCAACUUCCACUCAGUAAAAUUUACUGUUGGUCAGACUCAAAAACAACUCUCAGUUGGAUUCGUUCGCGGCCGGGUCAGUACAAGCAAUACGUCAGCAAUCGAAUUUCUCAAAUUCAGGAACUGGUACCCAUUGACUCAUGGAGAUACGUCCCAACUAAGGCUAAUCCGGCAGACAUUGCAUCACGCGGAGUAUUUCCAUCGCAACUUGCCAAUUUAGCAAUGUGGUGGAACGGGCCCGAUUGGCUGCAUCAUGGCGAAGAUAAGUGGCCACAGCAGAAUGUCAUCACUGCAUCUUCGAAUCUUGAAGUCAUAACAUCACUAGCAACAACCGAACCGCAACAGACAUAUUCGCUACUACGCAUUUACUAG